AUGCCCCGAAAUAUAGCAGUCGAGGACAAUCUCUACCUCGACGAAGCCGAAGAAUUCAUCCUGGAACACGCCGUCGUCGCCUCCCCACCCCGCUCAUGGCGCCCCAAGCCCACCCCCUCCAACCCUCCAACCACAUCCACUGCCCCACCCGAGCGGACAACGACAACGCGUAGAAAGAUGGAUUGGACCGAAGAAGUCAAGGCCCACCCUGACGAGCCGCUAGACGAGAGUUACUGGAAGAAGGGCAAACGCCGGGCAAGUGGUGUGGCUGAUGAUUAUGAGGUGGGUGAUGAGGAAGGGGGCGCUGAUCAGGAAAGGUGUAUAAUCUGUUUGAUGGGUUUGAACGAUAGGACCAUCGUCGGUGUUUGUGGGCACGAAUUUUGCUUUGAGUGUAUCUGUAUCUGGUCGAACCAGAGCAGGAAAUGCCCUCUAUGCUCUGGCGAUAUGGCGCCGUUCCUACUACAUGACCUCGACGCAGAAGCGCCUACCAAAUACUAUCUCCCUCCCCUUCCAUCCAAACCAGCUCAAGAGACCAUCAGGGAUCGUCUUCCCACCAGGCAAGAACGCGCAAGAUCCGGAGAGCCAAUCGUGCCGGAUGAGGUGGAUCUGCAAGUCGCGCGCCGGCGGCAGUACUACCAGCAUGAGCUGUAUGUCAAGCAUAUGGGUACGAAUCGACACUCUCGUUUCCGGCCCAACCCUACGCCUCGCCAAAUCUCUGAAGAUCCCCAGCUCGCCCAACGCGCUCAAGCAUUCAUCCGUCGCGAGCUCCGCAUAUGGCCCGCCCUCGAUGUCGAAUACCUUACGACCUAUAUCCUCUCUUUGCUAAAGUCAAUCGAUGCGAGGUCUGAGGCGAUUGUGAGGCUGCUGUCCGAGUUUCUGGAUACGGAUGAGUUUCCGAGCGCCGCGGAGCAUUUCGCGCAUGAGGUGUACUCGUUCAUGAGAAGUCCGUUCAGUUAUCUGUCAGAGUACGACGAGAUCGCCCAGUACGACCCAAUCCCUCAAUCACUAUCCCCAAGAGGCCGAUCACCCCUACCCAAAGCCCUCUCCCCCCAAGGCCGCUCACGUUCAAGAUCAUUCGACUCUCUCUCCUCCCGCUCAUACUCUCACUCCCGCUCCCCAAGCCCAUACUCCGACUACUCUCGCUCGAGAUCAUACUCCCCUCGCCCCCGUCAACGCUCCCCAUACCCUCGCUCCCGAUCUCCAUACGACCGCUAUCGCUCCCCACCUCCUUACAACCGCCGACCGCUCUCACCUCACCGCGGGGGGUAUAGGGACAGGGAUCCGUAUGUCAACCCGGGAUGGACGGCACAGCUCGAAGCGAGGGAGAGGAAGAGGGAGAAGAAUAUCCUCAAACGACGGAGAAGGGAGGAACGUCGGGCAGAGCACGCUAGAGCACGACAAGUUGUGCCCCCGAAUGGUUGGGGGCAGGCGGGGCAGGGGUCGGGGCAGGGAAUGAAAGAGAGGGUAGAGCUCUUGCCUUCACCGCCAAAGGUCCAAAGACCGUUGGACGAAGAUGUGGAGAUGACCAGCUCUGCCCCAUCUCUAUCUUCCCGGCUAGCACCUGCUUCCCGAGAUAUGCAGAGACAAGCUCCCCCACACCUCGCCAGCAGGCUAUCUAUCAAAGGCGCUGCUGCUGCCCGACAGGGCCCUCUCGGAAAAGUCUCCAUCAACGAGGAGAUUGAAAGUCGGCGCUUGUCGUUGAAGGAAAGGCUGGACAAGGCAAGAGCGGAUGCCGAGGCCAAAAAGUCUGCGGCAACUGAAGGGAUGGAUGCGGUGCCGGCUGUAAAGCUAUCGUUGAAAGAGAGAUUGGAGCGCGCGAAAGCAGAAGGCGCCAAGCGUUACGCCGGUAUAGCUUCAUUCACACCGCCUCCCACCUCGCUCUCAAAUGAGGCUGGACCUCCCUCUGCCCCCUCGGUACCCCCCAAACCUGUUCGCACGAACAGCCAAGGGGACACGAAACAAGGCCGACGGGGCAAGCUCCAACUCCGGCUCAAGCUGGAGCACGAACGAGCGCUCAUGCGCGCUUCUGCCCAAGCACCUCCCGCCGCUACACCCACUCCAUCCAUCACCCAACCCACAUCACGGCCUUCCCAAUCCCCGCUCCCGUCCACACCUGCCGAGGGUGCAGAUCAAGGAGUAGAAGCUACCAUGGAGAAAGCCCUGAAACGUAUGACGGAGCAAGAACGUCAGCGCGAAGUCCGAAGGAGGCUUAUGGUGGCCAAGUUGAAGGCGGCAGAGACGGAUCAGGAACGGAGAGCGAGAGAGUUGAAGGUGAGGUUGAUGGAGAGGAAGAAGGGGGUCGAGCCUGGGGUUGUCGUGUAA